CAUUAUUGCAUAGAAGUCUGCCAGCCAAAUUGCGCUAUUGCGGAAGUCAUAAGAAGAAUCAGGCAGAACAGACACGACGGGUUCGCGGUUGACCAAUUUUUGACAAACAUAUGAUAAAGGAGAAAGUCACUUGACUUGGCCGGCGACGUUUUUCCUGGCGAGCAGUUCACCACUUGAGACUUGACAAUUGACCGCCCCGUGGAGCGGCGCGUAAGGGCGCGGCAGCAUGGGUCAGGCGGCAUCUGAGCUUCAGCACGUAGCAAACCAGCUGCAGGGCUUGGGCCCCGAGGAGAAGAAAUUUCUCGAGAAUGUGUUCGAGGGCAAGGUUGAGGAGGCGAAGAACGCGCUGAUGGACAAUCCCAACUUCAUAUAUGCACGCACAAGGGAUUGGUACAAUGCGUGGCAUUUAGCCGCGCGGGCAGGGAAUAUGGAGAUGUUGGAUAUGCUGGGUCACCACGGGCGCAAGGGCAGCGCCAACCGCAAGCCUAUCCCCGGAGAGCCGCCGCCAUACAGCGCCAAGUCCAAGAAGGGCCAGACGCCUCUCAUCCUGGCGGCGGAGGAGGGCCACGCCGAGGCGGUGGUGUUCCUGCUGAGUGCGGGUGCGGACGUGCUGGACAUUGACGCGUACGGCAACACCUGCAUGCACUACGCCGCGUACAAGGGGCAGGUCAAGGUCUUGGAGCUGCUGCUGGCGCGCGCGGACGCCAGCGGGAACGGCGACAAGGCAAAGCGCUACACCGACCUGCGCAACGAGGCGGGGCUCAUGCCGCUGCACUUCGCGGUGUGGGCGGGCCAGCGGGCGGCGGCGGCGGCGCUGGUGCGAGCCAAGUGUCGCCUCAACGCCACCGGGCACUCGGACAGCCUGGGCCUGGUGACCUGCAACGCCGGCUCCACGGCGCUGCACAUCGCGGCCAUGCGCGGAAGCACCGACAUGGCCACCUUCCUGCUGGAGACCUGGGCCACCAUGAACGCCCAGCCUCAGCGCAGGAAGCCUGUGAAGGACCCGCGCACACUGCCCGACUCAUACGGCUACACGCCGCUGCAGCUGGCGCAAAGCCUGCUCAUCAGCAAGCGCGACGGCAGCGCUCACGCCUCCGCCCAGCAGCUGACUCGGCUGCUGGACCCGCUCACGCGCAUCGAGGCGCCGCAACGCGACGAGGCAGAGUUCGAGAAGACGCGCGGCCUGCUGCGCGCGCAGUCUCUGCAGCGCUCCAACCCCUCCUCCCGCCGCGUCAGCGUCGACCCGGAGGGAGGCAGCACCAGCGGCGGCUACGCCCACCUGUCGCCCAACUCGGCGCCGCGGCCGGCGCGGCUGUCGGACGACGGCCGAGACGACGUGCUGGCGGGCGUGCCGGGUGUGGGCGAGGGGGGCGACGGCGUGGGGGGCAGCAGCAGCGGCCGCGACCCGUUGGGCGCAGCUGCGCUGGAGGCGUCGCCGGGCGCGAGCAUGGGCGGCAGCCCGGGGCAGUCCCUGAGUGCGGAGAUCCGGGCGCGCCGGAAAGCGGAGGAGGAGGCCGAGGCAGCGGCCAAGAGGGCGGAGGAGGACGCGGCCGCGCAGGAGAAGGCGGCGGAGGAGCGGGCGGCGGCAUCCGAGAAGGCCGGCCUCCCGCCUCCCAAGUACGUGUGCCCCAUCACGCUGUCCGUCAUGGACGACCCCGUCACCGCCUGCGACGGCACCGACUACGAGCGUAGCGCACUGGAGAUGUGGCUGGAGCUGGGCAACGAUGAGUUCCCGGGCAGCGGCGUCAAAAUCACCAGCCGUGAGUUCACGCCAAACCCCGAGCUGAAGGCAGAGAUCGCCAAGUGGCGCGCCUUCAAGCUGUGAGGAGGAGACGAGCUGUGAGGGCGGGUGUCAGGACUAUGAAGCUGCGAGGACUAGGCAGCGCUGUGAGGGGCGCCGUGAUGAGCGCUGUGUACGGAGCGCUUUAAGGAGCUGCGCCUGCUGGGGUUUUGUGGGCGCGUGCGCGGCGGCUGGCUGUGUGUGUAAUGUGUGGUGCGGCUGAGGACGUGACCCGGAUGCAUGCAUAUGGCGGGUGGUGAUGUGGUGAUGUGGCACCACGGUGGGCAGCGGGGCGACAUCAUGGUGCGGGUGGCGUGGGCGCGCGGGGAAGAGGAGUGCGCGUGUAUGGGACAGGUCGCGGGGUGAAGCUCGGUGCGAGGCGCGGGUGGCGGGCGCAGGUGGCGGGCUUCCCGGCUCGUGAGCAAGUCCAUAUGCUUUCAAAGCUGGAUAUGUUUAAGUGGCCGACGUGGGUAUUGCUGGCCGUUUCUCGUGGAGAUGAGCUGCAUGCUGGAAGCGACCCUUGCGAGCAGCGGUUGAUGCGGCUUGGCCCUCUCGCUGCCUUCAGAUAUAAACUGUGCUAUAAUAAGCAGUUAGCUGGAGCAGUACAUCCGGGUAUCGCUGCUCGCGAGGUGACUCGAGUCACUCCCAGGC